AUGAAGAGAAAAAUCAAUUUCCUUUUUCCUCUUGUAGUUUCAAUAUGGCAUCAUUUUCUGAUAUUAUCAGUCACUGCACAAGUCAAUCUCAAAACUGAUGAAGCUGCUCUACUUGCUUUGAAAUCCUAUGUUACUUCUGAUACUUACAAUAUAUUGACAAGCAACUGGACCUCAACUACUUCAGUUUGCAAUUGGAUUGGAGUCACCUGCGGCUCUCACCAUCAAAGAGUCAUAACCUUGGAUAUUUCCAAUGUGGGAUUAGUAGGCACCAUCCCUCCUCACUUGGGAAAUCUGUCCUUUUUGGUUCCUCUCAAUAUCAGUGGCAAUGGUUUCCAUGGAAUUCUGCCACGAGAGUUGGGUAAUUUGCAUAGAUUGGAGUUUAUAAAUGUCACUUCUAAUAUGUUCACUGGAGAUAUUCCCUCAUGGUUCUCUCUUUUGCCAGAACUCCAGCACUUGCAUCUAGCCUUAAACAGUUUCACAGGUAUUAUUCCACCAGCCAUUUGUAAUGCUUCCAAACUUGAAAGCUUAGUGUUGGGAUUUAAUCAGUUACAAGGGGAAAUUCCAAAUGAAAUUGGUAAUCUUCAGAACUUGACUUGGUUGAGCUUAGGAUCAAAUCAGCUAACAGGCUCUGUACCACUUAGCCUUUUCAACAUUCCAUCAUUACAACGUUUGGUCCUGACAAACAAUAGUUUGUCUGGAAAUCUUCCUGUCGAUAUAUGCUCAAAGCUCCCACAACUUUUGGUACUUGCACUUUCUGACAAUGGAUUUGAUGGUCAAAUUCCUUUGGAAAUUGAUAAAUGUUCAAAGCUUCAGAUUUUGUCAUUGUCAUCCAACAAGUUCAGUGGAUUGAUACCCAAACAGAUUGGGAACUUGAAUGUGCUGUAUAUAUUAUAUCUUGGUCGCAAUGACUUGAAAGGUGAAAUUCCAGAAGAGAUUGGAAAUCUUCGUAAUCUAGAGAUAUUGGAUGCACAGAACUGUAGCCUAAGUGGUCCCUUACCAUCUUCUAUAAGUAACUUAACUUCACUUCAAUCGCUCAACCUUUAUGGCAAUAAGCUCUCUGGCACAUUGCCCCGGGAUAUAUGUUUGAACAUGCCUGAUCUCAGAGCAUUCGAUCUUGGGAAUAAUCUAUUCAGUGGAAGCAUUCCAAAAGCAUUUGAUUUGGUGUAUGUUCCUACGCUUUUCAUAUCCUAA